AUGCAGACCACUCGAGGGGCAGAUCAACAUUGCCCCAUUCUCGCCGGUCCUACCUGUCAGUGCUCUCCCAUGGCGAACUCCCAGCCCUCCUCCUGGCUCGCCGCCGUGGCGACCAAUGCCGCCGCCAGGCCAGCCAUCCUCCACCGCGCCCACGCCGCCCUCAUCACCUCUGGCCACCUAUCCUCCUGCACCUCCGUUAACUCCCUCCUCCGCGCCGCUCGCAUCCCCGCUGCCUGCGCCCUUCUCCUCCGCUUCCUCCUCCUCCACCGCCUCCCGCCCGACCACCUCUCCCUCUCCUUCUCCCUCCACUCCUGCACCCGCUCCCCCAGCCUCCCCGUCGCAAGCCUCCUCCACUCGUUCGCCUUCAGGCUUGGCCAUGCCCGCGACGUCUACGUCCUCAAUGCUGCCGUCUCCGCCUACUUCAGGGCCACCGACGUCACCUCCGCCGAGCGGCUCUUCUCCUACACAAAGGAUGUCGCCGACGUUGUCACCUGGACCACCAUGGUCACCGGGCAUGCCAACGCCGGCGACGUUGCGCGUGCGAGGUGGUUCUUCGACGCCAUGCCUGAGAGGAACGUGGUUUCCUGGAACGCGAUGCUGGGCGCCUACGCAUCCGCCGGGAUGCUGUCCAAGGCGCGGAAGGUGUUCGAUACAAUGCCCAGCCGGAAUGCCGCCUCGUGGAGCUCGAUGGUUACUGGGCUCGUGCAGUCCAAUCAGUGUGAGGAGGCGUUGAGGGUGUUCAGUGAAAUGGUCGGGACGGGUGUCGUGCCGAAUGAGGCUGCACUGGUGAGCGCUGUCUCAGCGUGCUCUCUGCUGCGGUCGAUAGAGCACGGCAUGUGGGUACAUGCGUAUGCCAAGCGGGAGCUGAAUGGGAUGAGCGUCAUCCUCGCGACAGCGAUUGUUGACAUGUAUGGUAAAUGUGGGGGUAUCCAUAAUGCCGUCAGGGUGUUUGCUGCAAUGCCUGUGAAAAACAUCUACUCGUGGAACUCGAUGAUUACUGGACUCGCCAUGAACGGCAGGGAAAUGCAGGCCUUGUCACUCUUCUGGAAGAUGCAGAUGGCUGGUGUUCGACCAAAUGAUAUAACCUUCAUCGGGUUGCUGGGUGCUUGUAGCCACUCAGGUCUCGUUGAUGAGGGCCGCUGGUUGUUCAACAAGAUGGUUAAUGGCUUUGGAAUCCAGCCACUCCAAGAGCACUACGGCCUAAUGGUUGAUUUACUCGGUCGGGCGGGUCAUGUUAGGGAGGCAGUGGAUUUUGUCAACAGCAUGCCGGUGGAGCCGCAUCCGGGCUUGUGGGGUGCGCUUGCUGGCGCCUGCAAGAUCCAUGGUGAGGUGGAGCUUGGUGAGGAGAUUGCCAAGAAGCUCAUUGAACUGGAGCCCCGUCAUGGUAGCCGGUACAUCCUCCUGUCAAACAUAUAUGGUGCAUCAAACAGAUGGGAUGACAUGGCCACUGUGCGCAGGCUCCUUAAGGAGCGCAAGGUCCCCAAGGGCACUGGCAAUGCCAUGGUUGGUAAUGAUGGUCAGUCUAUGAAAUCCAUGCUAGGUUAG